CCCAAAUUAAGGAGCGCAAUUUCGAGGGCCUUCAGAGCUCGAGGAAGCAUCUACCAGCUCUGCUGCCUGCGCCUCGCCUGAGGGCCGAAGCUGAAGCUGAUACGGCGGCCGGCGGGAGUGAGCUUGGGGAGUGAACAUGUCGUCUACUCUGCUAGAGGUGACGCGCGCCUCGCACGAGGAGGUGGAGCGACUUGAGCGUCUUAUAGUGAAGGAGCUCCAAAAUGAACCUGCUUCCGGCAAGGACCGUUUGCUACAGAGUCACCGAGUCCGCAACAUGAUUGACACAAUCAUGUCCACCACCGAGAAACUCGUUGAGAUUUAUGAAGAUAAGGAUAGUGCCAGGAAAGAUGAGAUUGCAGCACUCGGAGGGCAAACAACUUCAGGAACCAACGUUUUUAGUGCAUUUUAUGAUAGACUGAAAGAGAUUCGUGAAUACCAUAGAAGGCAUCCAGCUGCACGUGUUGUAGAUGUUAAUGAGGAUGAUGGUCUUCUCAAAGAGGAACCACAAAUUGAGUUCAGUGGAGAGGAAGCAUUUGGACGGUAUCUUGAUUUGCACGAACUGUACAACCAAUAUAUUAAUUCUAAAUUUGGAGAGCCCAUUGAGUACUCUUCUUACCUGGAUGUUUUUUCACAACCCCAGAAAAUCCCUCGCAAACUAAAGAUUUCAAGACAAUACAGGGAAUACAUGGAGAAUCUACUUGCUUACCUCAUUUAUUUUUUCCAGCGUACAGAGCCCUUGCAAGAUCUUGAUAGAAUAUUCUCAAAGGGUGAAUCUGAAUUUGAAGAGCGAUGGGUUACUGGCACAAUUGAAGGAUGGGAGAACACUAGUAAAGAUGAUGGCCAUGAUACUGACCCGCUUAAUCUUAUUGAUCUUGACUAUUAUAGCACAGUGGAAGAGCUGGUGGAACUAGGUCCUGAAAGGUUAAAGGAGGGGUUGGCAGCAUUGGGACUGAAGACUGGUGGUACAGUUCAGCAGCGUGCAGAGAGGCUUUUCCUCACUAAGCAUACACCUCUACAAUUGUUGGACAAAAAACACUUUGCGAAAGUGUCUCGUGAACCGAUUCAGAAUGGGGCAGCUGCAACUUCACUACACGAUGAAAAUUUGAAACAAGUUGCCCUGAUGGAAGCAAAAAUUGAAAAAUUGUGCGAUCUUCUGGAUGAGACGAUUGCUCGAACCAAAGACAAUAUUGUUAAGAAGCAAGCAUUAACUUAUGAGGAAAUUGAAGCAGAGCGUGAGGAGGAAGAGACACAAGCUGAAUCUGAAAGUGACGAUGAAGAGCAACAGAUUUAUAAUCCCCUCAAGCUCCCAAUGGGUUGGGAUGGUAAACCCAUACCUUACUGGCUCUACAAGCUUCAUGGCCUUGGUCAGGAAUUUAAAUGUGAGAUAUGCGGAAACUAUAGUUACUGGGGUCGUAGAGCUUUUGAGCGACAUUUCAAGGAAUGGCGUCAUCAGCAUGGAAUGCGUUGCCUUGGUAUUCCGAAUACAAAGAACUUUAAUGAAAUCACGUCAAUUGAGGAGGCAAAAGACUUGUGGAAAAGAAUUCAAGAGCGACAAGGAGUUAACAAGUGGCGACCAGAUCUGGAAGAAGAAUACGAAGAUAAAGAGGGUAACAUUUACAAUAAGAAGACAUAUACAGAUCUGCAACGCCAGGGGUUGAUAUAAGAAUCACAUUCAUCAUGGAGAUCUUUCAUUUAUUCCUCAUUUUAUGGUUAGCCGUUGUAGUUUUGGAGGAAGCAUUUAAUCAAGUUGAUAGAACGGAGAUCAUGAGAAGCUCAAGCGAAUUAUAUGCAUAGUCACUAGUCAGGUUGUAGUGCUUUUUUUGAAAGCUAAAUUUUGAGAAUCAAAUGUAAGAAGUUCGGUAUCCUUCUGCUACCAACAUUCUCAAUACAGUUGCUAAUUCGUGCUUUUUGGACCAGCGACGUGUAUGGCACUUCCAAAUUCGAGGAUACUUACGAUUAUAAGAUUUUAAUUGGCGAUUAAAGAGAAAAAUUUGACUGAUUCGGUA